UUAAAAACGUCUUACUGAAAUUUAACUUUAUUUAUUGAAAAUGGAGCAACAAGAAAACAUUUCCAUACAGGAUGCUGAGAGCAUGGAUACCCAACUGGCUUUAAAAAACGCUGGAAUUGAAAAUAAUAGGCUUAAGCUUGAGGUCUCAAGGCUUGGGGAGAUUCUGGAAAAGCAACGGAAGGUCCUGCAGGAGGCAGAGGACAGAAGAAAGGAAGCCAAAUUGAUUUUUUCAGCGCUGAUGACUUUGAAACAGGAUAAUGGAAGUAAAUUGAUAAAUUCUCUAGAUCCACUGACUGAAACUCAAAAAUCUAAACCAGACGACAAGCAAAUAGGUUCCUAAUUUUCCUGUAGAUAUCAAAGAAAAGUAAGGACUUUUUGACUAUGGAUUAUGGACAAACUUAUAGAAAGUUUCUCAGAAAUUUUUCCGAAAUUAUAAAUUGGAUUUCUGAAAACAUUUAAUUAAAAUUCAUGUUUUCUAUUUGAAAAGUUUUUAUUUAACUAAAUAUGAGAAAAGAACAAAUUAUUUGUAUAUUUUAAGGAAAAUUCCGUACAAAAUUCAGAUUUUUUCAAUAAUUUACUUAUUUAAAUAAAAUUAAAAUUUGGGUUAGGUUUAUUUUUU